UGUGCGUGUUAACUUGCUAAACCAUAAGCAAUAAUAUCAUAUAGCCUGGAGGUAUAAUGCUGCCUUUUUAUUCACUGGCGCUGUUAUAAUUAUCAUUUACAAGACACAAGAUUCGAUAAACUGCCUAGACUGGUCUGACAGAUUAAAAUCAAAAUGGAAAAUAUUUAUAAGCUGAUAAAAUUGGUUGCAAUAGUAAAUUUGAUGUUACUUGGAUUCACAGAGUCGCAAAGUGCUGGAAAAAAGGCAAGUGGUUGUGGAAACAUAGUUAUAAAAGCAGAAGCAAGAACAAAAUAUGCAACAACACCAGGAUUUCCAAAUGCUUUUCCGGGAGAUGCAAACUGUGUUUGGGCAAUCCAUUCAAAGCCCGGCAAAAGAAUCAGGCUUGAAUUUCAAAAAUUCUACCUGUUACAGCCAGUUGACGGAAAUUGCGAAUAUCACUACGUCAUUGUCAAAUCACCUUUUACAUUAUUUUCAAUGGGACCAUAUUGCGGAGAGUCGGGACUUCCAACCAUUGUCUCUACAGGGAAUUUAAUUUAUGUGGAAUUGCACACAAUAGUUCCGGUAACAACAGAUAACUAUCAAGGAUUUAAACUUGCUUUCAAGGAAACUUUGGAAUCAUCUAGUUACGAACUCCGACCAGAUAACAGCGACGGCGACGUAAUCAUGACUGUCGAUCCGGAUACUAUGGAUGUCAUAAGCCCCACAGCUGCUCCAACCACAACGCCAAGAACUGCUAAGUCAACGACUAAACCGUGGAGAUUCGUCCCAUCAAGACGUCCGUUAUUGAAUACCAAGAACAGGCCUGCCGCUCGUCCGCGCCCACGUCCGCGUCCGCAGUCACCUUCUACAAGAAGACCAGCAAGACCAAGUUUCGUGAAUACAAAUAAUAAAGUUGUUGCAAGAAAUACCCCCAGCACAAAAAUCGUCAGACCGAAAUCAAAACAGCCCGUUAUUAAAAUUGAAAUCAUCGUUGCCAUAGCUGUUGGUGGACUAGUCGCUGUUGCGAUAAUUAUCAUGAUCGCAUUAAAAAUGAUGACAAAAAAGAGUUCUUCAGAUGAAAACAGAAAACAAGGACUGAAAAAGUCACAAGCAUCUUCACCUGCAAAAAUUAAACCAGAGCCUAAAAGUGAAUAUGAAUUGCCAGGUAUGUAUAUGAAUCCUAAUCAACAGCCUCAAUAUUGGUACGAAGGAGGCGCAUAUGCAAUGGCGCAUCCACCGGGACCAAAUUAUCCCCAGCAAAUACAGAUGGAGGUUUAUAAUGCACACGAAGGUCGAGAACAACGAAGAAACAAGAAACAAAAAAGGAAUAGAAGGAAGCGACAGCGAUGAUAUUAUCACAUGUGGUAUGGUGAAAGUGAAUUUAACCCGACUAGUGGGGAUGCAAUAUGAAAAAAACCCACUGAAUGCCUGUAAUCACUGAUACCAAACGACUCAAAAGAACUCGUCAAAGCCAUGGAAAUAACUGGAAUUCCGAAGACAAUAUAUUCUCGAAUCCCUUUCGAGACGCAAACGACACCAUGCGGUUGUGAAAUAUGAAGUCAGGAAUCACAUGGAAAUGCAGUUUUGAGAUAUGAAAUCAGAAAUCACGUGCAUUUCUCCGAAAUGUAAAUUAGUAGUGCUUGUUUCUGUAGAAAUUUUAUGCCUCGGGGAAAUUUCUUGUUUUCUAAUGUCAGGAUCAAAAACAGGAAUAAAUACAUGAACACGA